GCUCCACAUCUGCUGGUCUAGACAGUGCCUUGGUGGCCGGACUCAAGGGGAACCAACCAAUGCUUAACGUACAGGCUUACACAUGGACUGUUUCUCCAUCCAGAGCUCAGUCCUUUUUCUGCAGCGCCGCCCCCCUUCUCCCCUAGUUGGAUCUGUGCGGCAGGAUCACCCGCCGUUAGAUCCAAUGAGUGAGCCCUAUCGCAGUGCGGGAGCAGUGAUUCGAAACUGGACGCCAGGGAGGCAGUUAAACUUGACUAGCAAACAAGGAAAUGCCGACCCGGAGUUAAUUCAAUGGCUUUCUGUCAUUUCGGGAUGGCCUAUAUUGUGUGACGCCAUAAAUGCCUCGAGUACUAGUUUUACUUUUUCUUAGCUAGCCUGUAUUCCAGAGAAGCAAAGGAGGAGAAGGGGAGAAACUAGGCAGCAAGAAGAGUCGGCGGAGCCGAUAAUGGCCUGCUCGGGUGGCUAUCGUCAUGAGGCGAAGCAAAGCCGCGAUGGACAGAAAUAGAUGAGACAAUUCUCUGAGGCAAAACAAAAAUAUUCCAUCCA